AUGCAGGCGGAGGGGCGGGAGCCUCCCUGCGCCUGGGGAGGGGCGCCAGGUGUGCCUGGGGUGCACGGAGCGUGGGGGCGGGUGAAGUGGGCACAGAGGCGGGAGGCGUGUGUGCUCACGUGUGCACUCCGGCGCGCGUGCACGUCGGCGCACUCGAGUCUGUGUGCACGAGUGGGCGUGCGUGUGCGCACGUGUGAGUGCGAGCACACGCGCGUCUGCAAGUCGUGGAAGGCGCUGACGCUGUCGCAGAAGCGGCCGUACGUGGACGAGGCGGAGCGGCUGCGCCUGCAGCACAUGCAGGACUACCCCAACUACAAGUACCGGCCGCGCCGGAAGAAGCAGGCCAAGCGCCUGUGCAAGCGCGUGGACGCCGGCUUCCUGCUGGGCUCCCUCGCCCGGGACCAGAACGCGCUGCCCGAGAAGCGGGGCGCCCCGCCCCCCGAGCCGCCCGGCUUCGACGCCCUGGAUCAGCUGAGCCAGGCGGAACUCCUGGGGGACAUGGAUCGCGACGAGUUCGACCAGUACUUGAACACGCCCGGCCACCCGGACGCUGCCGCGGGGACCCUGGCCCUCGGUGGGCACGCGGCGGCCUCCCAGGGCGCGCCCACGGGCCCCUCCGAGACCAGCCUCAUCUCCGUCCUGGCGGACGCCACGGCCGCCUACUACAACAGCUACAGUGUGUCAUAG